UUUUGAGGGAUCAUUUAAUUAUUACUCCAUUUCGAUAAACGUUCGUCUUAUCUUCAUACGAGUCGUACAAAAAGCUAACGUCGUGGUAGUUCAAAGGAAGCUGUUCAGUUCUAAAUUACACGUACUUCAUCUACGAACUUGGUUAUUUGCAGUUUCACUUUUGUUUUUAGAAAAAGCGUUGGACGGUAAUCAGUGGAUCUAUGAUAUGACAGGUACCUUGCAACAUUGUGUGGCUAUUUUGAAACUUUGCCAUGCGACAACCGAGAAGCUAUCUGCAGAGCCCUUAAGUUCUGUUGGUGCUCCUUUGAACACUGCUAUUCUUAUGGCGACCAAUCGUAUAAUGCCGAACUUCAACCAGUUGAUACAAACUAUGGAAAACAUUGGUACACAUGCAUUGCAUCUUCUGAGUAGGCCGAGUAACAACUGCACACACUUAGGGUGUUUGUUAACAAGACUGUCAAAGCGGAUGAACUGA